AUUCUAACUUUUUUUUUUCUUUGUGACAGUUGGUGCUGUUAUCGCAGACAAGACUGCUACUCAGCGCUCUAAGGAAGUCGAUGCUGACGAUAUGGACAUAGAUGAUUUCAAUCUAAAUGAUUCUUUGGAAGACACAUUGAAGGAAACCAAUGUUACUGAACUUAAACUGGCCAAUCGACGACUCGAGCGCCAGGUCAAGAAGCUCCAAGAGGAACAAGCAGCUGGCCGUAGCCAGAAAGCAGUUGUGCUUCAACAUUUGCUUGAUGAUGCAAACCGUUUAAAGACACAGUUUGAAAAGAGUUAUAUCGAAGUGUCUCAGGAACGUGAUAUCUUGCAAAGUGACAUGGCACGCAUUCGGGAAGGUAUACCUGAUGCACUUGUUGACCAGUCAGCACAUACACUUUCUCUUCGCUUGCACACCAUUGAACUUGAGAAAGAAAUCAAGUCUUUGCGCGACACUGUAGCUAAGCUCGAGAAAAAAAUCGAAGAAGGUAGAUUUAAUGAUGCUGAGGGUGCAGAGGACAUUCGCACCAAGUAUUAUGAAAUGGAGCAAAAGUCUAAGCACUUGGAGGAACAAACCAAAAAGCAGCUUGAGGAUAUCAAUAAGCUCUUGCUCGAAAAGGAUGCUUUGCAAGGACGAAGCCUCGAGCAGAAUGAUGAGUUACGAGAGCAGCAAAGACUUAAUAGUGAAAUGAAAGCAUCAUUAGCUGCUUAUGCUGCUCAAAACGAUGAACCUCUCAAGCAGCAGAAUGCUCAUUUGCAGCAGCAAGCGAUACAAUUGCAGGAGCAAUUAAGAGAAGCUCAACUCAAACUUAAGAAAGCUAAAGAGUUUAUCAAGCAACAAGAUAAAUUAUUAAAAGAGCAAAAGUAUGAUGGAAACUCUGGCAAUUUUGAUGAAGCUGUUUCAUCAUUAAAAGCUGAAGUUGCACUUCGUGAAGAAGAAACAGAGAAGCUCAAGAAGCAAAUUCAUGAACUUCGUCUUCAGUCUCGUCGUGAGCAACAUCUUAUUAUCUCUGCAUGGUACGAUAUGUCGAGAAGAGCAACCAAAGAUAUCAUUAUGGCCAAAGCUUUCCCCAAUUCAUGGCUUGGACAACAACGAUACACCCUUGAUAACCAACUCAAGAGACGUUAAAUUACUAGUAAAUAAAUGAAAAGAGC